CUCUCUCUCUCUCGAAUCUCGUCGACUCUCUCUCGAACCUCGUCUGGAAUCUCGUCUCCAUCUCCUUAUCGGUUAUGAAGUUCAGAAGACAGAAGCUUCAAAAGAAGGCACCACUGAGGGAAGGAGUCAGACCGGAUUGAAGAUGAAGAAGAAACAAGAUAAGUCAGAACAUCCUUGUCUUUUAAAAUUGAUGUCGUUGGUGAUUGUUUGAUAAUAUUGAGGACGGUGAAAACUGUUAGAUUACUAGUACAUUGUUUCUGGAAAUCGAAAUGCUUAAGUUUAAUUUUUCCUAUGUUUUAUAUAAGUUAGCGAUGGUGGGAAUGAUUGUUUGUGGAAUCGAAUUGUGCUUUCUUUGUUGUUUUUGUUUUCUGUUUUUUUUUCGUUUAUCUGAUUAUAGAGAGAAAGAUUUUAAUUAUUCUUUGUUUGUUGUUUGUGUGUUAGGGUUGAGGAUGUCCGUGGAAGAAAGGCAACGGGGAGGACUUAAAGCAUGAUCACAUCAAAGCUUCUGUCUAUCAUUUCACAGCUGAGAAGAGGUAAAUUGUAUUUCCUGUCUAAGUAGAUUUAGCUGUAAGUGGUUGGGAAUUAAAUGAUCUUUUAGGCUUCGUGGUAAAUUUAGGCUGCUUGGUAGAUUUAGAUGAACUCUUGUCAUUAAAACUUGAACAACCUAAAAUUAACUCUUGCCAUUUAAAACAUCUUCAAUUUCAAACUUUAAACUUUCCAUCAAAAAUUCUCUCGAACCUCGUCUGGAAUCUCGUCUCCAUCUCCUUAUCGGUAAGAAAGCAUUCAUUUUCUGAUCUUUAUGUUACUGCUGUCUCGAUUUUGUUUCUGCGGUUUGGUUUAUCUCCCAUUCUCUGUUCGUGAUUCAUCUGUUUUUUCUUCUUCUUCCACAGGUUAUGAAGUUCAGAAGACAGAAGCUUCAAAAGAAGGCACCACUGAGGGAAGGAGUCAGACCGGAUUGAAGAUGAAGAAGAAACAAGAUAAGUCAGAACAUCCUUGUCUUUUAAAAUUGAUGUCGUUGGUGAUUGUUUGAUAAUAUUGAGGACGGUGAAAACUGUUAGAUUACUAGUACAUUGUUUCUGGAAAUCGAAAUGCUUAAGUUUAAUUUUUCCUAUGUUUUAUAUAAGUUAGCGAUGGUGGGAAUGAUUGUUUGUGGAAUCGAAUUGUGCUUUCUUUGUUGUUUUUGUUUUCUGUUUUUUUUUCGUUUAUCUGAUUAUAGAGAGAAAGAUUUUAAUUAUUCUUUGUUUGUUGUUUGUGUGUUAGGGUUGAGGAUGUCCGUGGAAGAAAGGCAACGGGGAGGACUUAAAGCAUGAUCACAUCAAAGCUUCUGUCUAUCAUUUCACAGCUGAGAAGAGGUGACAUUGACAGAAGAAGAAGACACAAGCAUGUGGAGCAUGUGGAGCAUCUCUUUUCUAACGUGAUGUCAGCGCAUGUGGAGCAUGUCCUUUCUAACGUGAUGUCUAGCUGGAGAAUCAGAGCAUGUGGAGCAUGUCACAUAAACAAGAGAAUCAUAGUCUUUUGUUCCCUUUAUAAGUUGCACCUCUCCUCUCCUUUCCAUUGAAUGUACUAGAACAAAGACCGAAGCUAUUUUUCUUAAUUCCUUUGCUUAUCUUUUCGAGUUUACAAAACAAAGAUCGAGUGUACAAAACAAAUAUCGAGUGUACAUUUGUAAACAUUCCUUUUCUUUCUCCUCUACCAAAAAAAAAAAAAAUCAUUUCCUAUAUUUUUUCUUAAUUUUCUUCUAAAUGGCUUUUUCUUCUAAUAAUAAUUAUGAAAAUAUGGGCGACGAGCGAUUGGAUGAAAUUUUCGAUCAAAAGUUUGAAAAAAUUAUCAAACGUUAUGAAGAUCGUCUACAAACAUCAACGCCAAAAAACCAACGAGCAUACAUUGAAAGAAACCGAGAACAAGGACACAUGCAGUUAUGGAACGAUUAUUUUAGUGAAGAUGCAACAUAUCCUUCGCACAUGUUUCGACGCCGUUUUCGAAUGAACAAGCCUUUGUUCAUGCGUAUUGUUGAUCGACUCUCGGCUGAAAUCCCAUACUUUCAACAAAGAAGAGAUGCUACUGGAAGACUCGGUCUCUCUCCAUUACAAAAAGCAACGGCAGCAAUUCGCAUGAUGGCAUAUGGUUGCACAGCUGAUGCCAUCGACGAGUACCUCCGACUUGCUGAAUCUACCGCGCUUUUAUGCUUAGAACAUUUUGUUGAAGGAAACAUUAAUUUAUUUGGAGAUGAGUAUCUACGAAGACCCACUCCAGAAGAUCUUCAACGACUGCUUGAUAUUGGAGAGAUAUGCGGAUUUCCCGGCAUGAUAGGAAGCAUCGAUUGUAUGCAUUGGGAGUGGAAGAAUUGUCCGACCGCAUGGAAAGGUCAAUACACACGUGGAUCAGGAAAACCAACAAUUGUUCUAGAAGCUGUAGCUUCACAAGAUCUCUGGAUAUGUCAUGCGUUUUUCGGACCUCCAGGUACAUUAAAUGAUAUCAAUGUUCUUGAUCGAUCACCGGUUUUUGAUGAUAUAUUACAAGGCCGAGCUCCAAAAGUUAAGUACGUUGUCAACGGACACAACUACCGGUUGCCUUACUAUCUCACAGAUGGUAUUUAUCCAAAUUGGGCUACAUUUAUCCAAUCUAUUCGAGAUCCGCAAGGUCAGAAAGAAUCUUUAUUUGCUACACAACAAGAACAUGUUCGUAAAGAUGUCGAGCGUGCUUUUGGAGUUUUGCAAGCUCGAUUUGCCAUUGUCAAAAAUCCAGCUUUUUUGUGGGAUAAAAUAAAAAUUGGAAAGAUAAUGAGAGCUUGUAUCAUUCUACAUAAUAUGAUCGUAGAAGACGAACGAGAUGGGUACACUCAGUUUGAUGUAUCAAUUUUCCAACAACCGGAAUCAAACCGAAGUGCACAAGUCGAUUUCAGCUAUUCAGAUCAGAUGCCUACAAAUCUCGGGAAUGUUAUGGGCAUGAUGACCAUUCGGAAUGAAGUCCGUGAUAACCAAAUUCAUCAAAGAUUGAAGGCUGAUUUGGUUGAGAAUAUAUGGCAAAAAUUUGGAACACAUCAAGAUUUCAACUAAUCGGUUUUUUUCACGUUUACCAUUUGUAUGAGUAUUUUAAUAUGUUUUUUUGUCAUUUUUAUUAUAAGUUUUAUGUAUGUUUUAAUUCUAAAUCAUUUUAAUAAAAAAUAAAAAAUUUAAGAACCUCAAUGGGAUCCUACCAAUGGAGAAGAAAAAAUUACAUAGGUUAACAAGAGUACUUAACCUUUCAAAUCACAAAAUUAAAUAUUAAUUUAAUGUUAAGUAUCCCUUAGAGCAUCAUUAACGCCAUCUCUUAGCGGUGUGUCUUAGGGUAAUUAAUGAUAAAAAAAAGGAAAAACGCAUUAAACCGAAAGCACGUCUCCUAAUUUGGAGCUGGAAGGGAUGGUUCCAAAGUGUGACGUGGCACAACGCUAUUGGCUAGAGGAAAGCUGGAGGAGAAUUAUUUUCUUUCUUUCUCUCCGUUCUCUUUUCGUUUCGUCUCCUCUGGCGAUAAAAACGGUGAUUUCUCCCUGUGGCUUUGGUCGACGUCUCAAUGGGUGUCUCUGGUCGACGAUGGAAAACGGCGAGCUCUCAAUCGGUGGCUAUCCUCGGUGAAGGAAACGGUGAUUUCUCUCCCGUGGUGGCUAUCUCAGACGAGGGAGAGUCGGCGAUUGUUUCUCAAGGGAAUCGAAAGGUAAAGCGUGUCUUUGAUUCUCUCCUCUAUGCAUGCCUUUGAUUGAUUCAACUAUGCAUGUCUUUGAUUGAGCCGGUUCUUGUUCGUGAACUGUUAAAAAUUGAAAAACCAAAUUUUUUUUUGGUUUCUGUCUUUGUGUGAGCAUGAUUGUGGAUCGUAUCAAGGUACAACAAAGGCCUAUGACUGUUCAGACAGGUAAAACUUUUAUCUUUACUCUGAUCUUGUUGAUUAAAGCGUUGUCUGUAUUCGUUGGUUGUUUGCGGUUGAUUAUGUUGUUAUUGAUUCUUGUUUGUAUUCGUUGGUGGUAUUGAAUCGUCGGUAAUAUGGAUGGUGUAGUGUGAUGAUCGCGUUAUGUUAAGCUAAUACUUUGUCAACAAUGGUUUGAUAGAUAUGGAUUGUUUGAAUAAAACCUUUCUCUUUCCUAUGUUUGAAUAAAAACUCUGUUUGCGUUAGGUAAUGGUUCUGUUAAGAUAAUAAAUAGAAGUUAUGGUUUGAUAGAUAUGGAUGGUUUGAUGAUAAUAAAUUGUGUUAGGUUAUGGUUGUGUUUAAUGUUUUAGAUAUAUGUCCACUCAGAUAGAAAGCAAAUGUUGGUUUGUGAUCAAUGCAUUGCUACCUUCUUCGGUGUAUAAAAAAAAUGUUUCCUUCUCAUCUGUCCUCUAUCCGUGUUCUUCUCUUCUCACUUCUUCAUCAUUGUGCUUUUCUUUUCUCUCUUAUUUGAGCAUCCUGUCGAGAUGGAUUCUAAUCCAUUUAUGCAGAGUUCAAACUUUGUUGAGCUACUUAGCCAACAAAGUAUUUCAUUUGCUAACUAUGAAGAUAGUACACUAUCUUCAUCUCGAGUUCCUCCUCUACGCACCGAUGAUGUCGGGAACGAUGUUGGCGAACGUCGGGAACGAAGAAAAUGGACACCGACUGAUGAUGUUGUAUUGAUCAGCUCGUGGCUUAACACGAGUAAGGAUCCAGUGGUUGGUAACGAGCAAAAAUCAGGCGCCUUCUGGAAGAGAGUCGCAGCUUACUUUGAGGCAAGUCCGAAGCUUGCUGGCUGCGAGCAGAGAGAGCCCAGCCACUGUAAGCAAAGGUGGCACAAGAUUAACGACUUGGUGAGCAAGUUCUGUGGGUGUUAUGAAGCCGCAACGAGAGAGAAGGCUAGCGGAUGCAAUGAGAAUGAUGUCCUGAAGCGAGCCCAUGAAAUUUUCUACAAUAACCACAAGAAGAAAUUCACCCUUGAGCAUGCCUGGAAGGAGUUAAGGAACGAUCAGAAGUGGUGUGACCUUGCCACUGCCAAAACUGAUGGAAGCUCUAAGAAGAGGAAGUGUGAUGAUGGUGCAGAUUCAUCAAGCUCGCAAGCUACUGGAUCCAAGCGCCCAGCGGGUGUGAAGGCUGCAAAGGCCGGUGGUAAGAAGACUAUGGCAGAGGAGACUGUGCAUGCUGAGUUUCAGAGAAUGUGUGACAUUAAAUAGCAAGACUUGGUAGUGAAAGAGAAAGGCUUGGUAGUGAAAGAGAAGGUCUCGAAGAUGAGUCUACUUGACUCUCUUAUUGCCAAAAAAGAACCUCUAGGCGACUAUGAAGAAGCCCUCAAGAAGAAGCUCAUCAGUGACUUGAUAUAUAACUAGAAGUCUAGCAUUUUUACUCUGUUGCUUAAUGUGUUAGUCUAUGUUCUUGUCUUUGGUAACUCUCUGUUUCUUGUUUCUUGUCUCGGUUGGUCUUGUAACUCUAUGUCUUUAAACGCUUAAUGUUAGAGUUUGCUUUGUGUUUCCUGUCUUUGAAUAAUGUUCUCACGAUUUCUAUUUUACACUUACCUUUCAGGAACGAUCAGAAGGAGCAAACAGAGUUGUCGUCUUGUGUCACGGAGUGAAAGAGUUGUGGAGCAAACAUAGUUGUCGUCUUGUGUCACGGGGUCUCGUUCAUGCAUGAGUCUUGUUUAUUUUUUUCACGCUGCUUCUGUAAUCAUGUUGUAGUAUUGUUGUACAGCAGGUGUCACGGGAAGAAGUUUGUGUCACUGGAUUUUUUUUAAUGGUUUGACGUUUGUGUUUGUGUUUCUAUAUAAAGUCUCCUUCCGUGUUUGUGUUUCUAUAUAAAGUCUCCUUAUGUGUUUGUGUUUACUCAUUCUCUCUUACUGAGAACGAUCAUUUCUCUAUCGCAAUCUCUCUUUUUUUUAAACACCAAUUUGAGCGUUUGAUCACAAACUCAAUCUCUCCUUUCUUUUCCUUUUUUAAACACCAAUUUGAGCGUUUGAUCACAAACUCAAUCUCUCCUUUCUUUUCCUUUUUUUAAACACCAAUUUGAGCGUUUGAUCACAAACUCAAUCCCUCAUCCUCAUAAAAACAAAGAUCAUUUGUUUUUUUUUAACUUCCCAAAAAUGGCAUCCUCUUCUCAUAAUACCUUUGAUGGAUCAAAUAAUGAUAAUUUUGAUCAAUAUUUCGAUCAACAAUUUGAUCAAUAUUUCGAUCAAAUUGUUGAUCAAACGUUUGACAAUUUAUCAAUUCAUAAUGGUGUUCAAGAAGAAAAGAGGAAAAAAAGAAAAAAACGAGUUUAUAUCGAGCGAAAUCGUGAAGAAGGCGACGUGCGUUUAUGGAAUGAUUAUUUCAGUGAAACUCCAACCUACCCUCACAAUCUAUUCCGACGACGAUUUAGAAUGAACAAGUCACUGUUCACGCGUAUUGUUGAUCGACUCUCCAAUGAAGUUCAAUUCUUUCGAGAAAAUAGAGAUGCUCUUGGAAGACAGAGUCUUUCUCCACUUCAAAAGUGUACGGCAGCCAUUCGUGUCUUAGCCUAUGGCAAUGCGGCUGAUGCGGUCGACGAAUACCUCCGACUCGGUGAAACAACUACACGGUCAUGUUUGGAAAAUUUUGUGGAAGGAAUAAUAAAUUUAUUCGGCGAUGAGUACCUCAGAAGACCAACACUGGCUGAUCUUCAACGUCUACUUGAUAUUGGAGAGUAUCAGGGAUUUCCCGGGAUGAUAGGAAGCAUCGACUGUAUGCACUGGGAGUGGAAGAAUUGUCCCACCGCUUGGAAAGGUCAAUAUUCACGUGGUUCGGGAAAACCCACAAUCGUUUUAGAGGCGGUUGCUUCGUAUGAUCUAUGGAUAUGGCAUGCGUUUUUUGGACCUCCAGGUACCUUAAAUGAUAUCAAUGUUCUUGAUCGCUCACCUGUUUUUGAUGACAUAAUUAAUGGUCAAGCUCCGCAAGUCACCUACACUGUAAAUGGAAGAGAGUGUCAUAUGGCCUACUAUCUCACCGAUGGUAUUUAUCCGAGAUGGGCAACUUUUAUCCAAUCCAUUCCAAUACCACAAGGUCCGAAAGCAGUUUUAUUUGCACAACAUCAAGAAGCUGCCCGAAAAGAUGUCGAGCGGGCUUUUGGAGUCUUGCAAGCUCGCUUUGCCAUUAUUAAAAAUCCCGCACUUUUUUGGGAUAAAGUCAAAAUUGGAAAGAUUAUGCGAGCAUGUAUCAUCCUCCAUAAUAUGAUAGUGGAAGACGAACGAGAUGGAUACACUCAAUUUGAUGUUUCAGAGUUCCAACAAGCUGAGGACAACGGAAGUUCACAUGUGGAUCUCGCGUAAUCUACAGAUAUCCCUACAAAUAUCGCCAAUAUGAUGGGUGUUCGAACUAGAAUUCGUGAUAAACAAAUGCAUCAACAACUCAAACAUGAUUUGGUUGAACAUAUAUGGCGAAAAUAUGGAAACAACAACUGAGCUCAAAUAUUUCUUUCAAUUAUCCUACUUUAUUUUUAAUCUAUGUUUUAAUGUUUUUAUUUUUAAAUAUAUUUUAAAAUGUAAUAUUUUACUAUGUUUUAUGUACUAAAUAAUUUUUAAAUAAAAUAAAACAAUGUUUAAUAAUUCUUUUUUUAAAG